CUGGUGCUGCUGGAGCGGCGCUGGUUCUCCGCUGCCCCCCAUUUCCACAGCAGUGGAGCCGAGCGUCUGUGUAUGUGUGUUGGCUGUUGUUUUUUUGUUCCUCUCCGUUGUAACCGCUGCUAAUAAUGGCCUCCGAUGGUACGGACGAGCGAUCCCCACUGCUGCCAGCACAGAACUCGGGCAAUGUCACGCCCACAGCGCCGCCGUACCUGCAGGAGGGCAGCAGCCCGAGAGCUGAGCUUCCUCCGCCCUACACAGCCAUUGCCAGUCCAGAUGCCGGAGGGGUGCCAGUCAUUAACUGCCGAGUGUGCCAGUCUCUUAUAAACCUGGAUGGCAAGCUCCAUCAGCACGUGGUGAAGUGCACUGUCUGCAACGAGGCCACGCCCAUCAAGAACCCACCAACAGGAAAGAAGUAUGUUAGAUGUCCCUGCAACUGCCUGCUAAUCUGUAAAGACACAUCUCGAAGAAUAGGAUGCCCUCGACCCAACUGCAGACGGAUCAUCAACCUAAGCCCGGUGAUGGUGAUCCCGGAGGAGCAGCCUGCGCAGCCGGCCCUUCCUGUUCAGCCCGAAGGCAUGCGCGUGGUGUGUGGCCACUGCGGCAACACGUUCCUUUGGAUGGAGCUCCGAUUUAAUACGCUGGCCAAGUGCCCACACUGCAAAAAAAUCUCAUCUGUUGGCAGUGCCCUGCCUAGGAGGCGCUGUUGUGCCUACAUCACAGUAGGAAUGAUCUGCAUUUUCAUUGGAAUUGGAUUAACAGUGGGCACUCAAGACUUUGCGAGCCGUUACCAUGCUACCUACGUUUCCUGGGCCUUUGCGUAUCUGCUGGGUCUUAUCUGUCUGGUACGGGCCUGCUACUGGGGAGCGAUUAAAGUCAGCUAUCCAGAGAACACCUUCGCAUAGACAGUGUCCGUCAUUCAAUGAGUCCUUUUAGUAUUUCAUUUUAUCCUGAUUUUAACAGGUGUACAUUUGAAUGGUCAUUCUGUGUAGGAGAACUAAAAUCCAGUCUGGGGUUUCGAGGUGACUAAGAAUGUUGAACUUUAAACUUGAUUGGCUCUGAUAUUUAUUCUUUGCAGAAUUAAGCUCGUAAAUGGUUAUGAUGAAAGUAGAGUUCUGAAUAAACUGAAAUCAGUAUUGCUGGCAAUUAAUGAAGUGCUGAUGAGAUGGAAUCAUUGAAGUCCGCUUGGUACGCCUCAUGGAUUUUGGCCGGCUUCGAGUAACUAUGACCCCUACUGGAUGGACAGUGUAUACAUGUUACUGCAUUUUGUUACUGACCUGACCAAAAGAGAUGAUCUUUUAUGAACAAUUUGCCCAUUGCACUACACCUUUAUGCAAUUAUUCUGUUCUGUUGCUGCUAGCUGUCACAGCUGUAAAAAGCUGAAAGUUAAUAUGUAUUAAGAAAACCUGCCCACACUCAACAAGGUACUCUGUUGCAUCUAAAUAUUCAGAUAUUCUUUAUUAGUCCUGUGCCAAUGUUCCUGUUUAUGUGUCUCUUAGGGGAGAUCCCUCCAAGGAAAUAUAUCAGUAUUCUCAAAUCCAUUUCGAUUAAGCCGCUGUAACUCACUGUGAGCAAUAAUCUUUAGUUUUGUGGCUUUCAGAGGAAGAAAAACAGCAUGCUCACACAUACACUGCACCUGUUCAUUUGACUCGUCAGUCAGCAGCGAGAUGUACAUGUACUGAAUGGGGAAAAUCGCACAUGCAUGAUUUUCAUUUGAUUAUUUUGUACCGCAGAGCAGUGUUCUAUGUCUCUGUCACUGACAGGGCAGUGUUGAAGCGUUAGGCCCUGAAUCUAGUGCUGUUACCUAUAAGUAGAAUGAACAUGCCUCUGCUAUCUGCCUGAUUCCGACACUUGGUCAAUCCUUGCUAGCGUCGCAGUAGUUCCCUAACUUCAUCAGGACAAAUGGGCACAACUGUAGUUACUAAUCUUGUUCUGAAUGUGACAAACAAGAAAAUUCUUUGUACAUAGUUUGUUCGGUACACCGAGACUGUAGCUUGAGUUGGAAUAUGGCCUGGGUCUUUUUAAAACUGAUAAUUUAUCAAUAAAAUGGAGA